GCGCGGGGGCCGAGUGCGCAGGCGCGCCGUUGGCGGGCCCUGCGGCGGUGUGAGUGUGUGUGUGUCUGUGACGGAGGCAGCGGGUGACCUUGCCGCGUCUCCCGCCGAGGAAGGUGGCCUGGCCGCCCGCCCCGCUUCUCCCUCGCAGAGGGGCCCCGGCCUUCCCUUUGGAAGCGGCGGCCGACCUGCCUUUGGCCCUCCGCGCCCUCAGAUAUCCCUACAGACUCCAAAACCUGUCCUGAUUCCAGAAUGUAUUUCUUAUUAGUGUCCCUCUUUAUUGGAAUACUUCCUUCUACUUAUUCAUCAGCACCAAGAUUGCUCCUGGUAUCUUUUGAUGGUUUCAGGGCUGAUUAUUUGAAGGAAUAUAAACUUCCACAUCUUCAGGACUUUAUUAAGGAUGGCGUAUUAGUGGAAUAUGUUACCAAUGCUUUCAUCACAAAAACAUUCCCAAAUCAUUAUAGUAUAGUCACAGGACUAUAUGAAGAAAGCCAUGGCAUUGUAGCAAAUGAAAUGUAUGAUGCAGCUACCAAAAAAAAGUUUUCACCAUUUAAUGACAAGGAUCCUUUUUGGUGGAAUGAAGCUGUUCCUAUUUGGGUGACCAACCAAUACCAGGGGAACAAAACUAGUGCUUCUGCAAUGUGGCCUGGCACAGAUGUAAAAAUUCACAACAGUACUCCUCAUUUUUUUAUGAAAUACAAUUCUUCAGUAAGUUUUAAUGAAAGAGCAGAAAAUAUAAUUACAUGGUUGAACAAUUCUAAACCACUAGUCACUUUUGCUACGCUUUACUGGGAAGAGCCAGAUGCAAGUGGACACAAGUAUGGGCCAGAAGAUACCAAAAACAUGACUAAAGUAUUACAAGAAGUCGAUAAUCUUGUUGGCCUGCUGGUUAAGAAGCUGAAGUCUUCAAAGUUGUGGGAGGAAAUUAAUGUUAUAAUUACAAGUGAUCAUGGCAUGGCACAGUGUUCCCAAGACAGAUUGAUCAACCUGGAUCGCUGCAUUGAACCUGAUAGUUAUAUGCUGAUCGACAAGAGUCCAGUUGCUGCAAUACUGCCAAAAGAUGAAACGCACGUCUAUAACUCGAUGAAAAACUGCAGCCUUCAUAUGAAAGUUUACCGUAAAGAAGAAAUUCCAGACCGAUACCAUUAUCAUCAUAAUCAGCGUAUUCAACCCAUAAUUUUGGUGGCAGAUGAAGGGUGGACGAUUGUACAAAAUGAGACUCUCCCAAGGUUGGGAGACCAUGGCUAUGACGAUACCCUCUCGAGUAUGCAUCCAUUCCUGGCAGCGCAUGGACCCGCUUUUCGCAAAGGUUACAAACAAAAGACAAUGUGUACAGUUGAUAUUUAUCCAAUGAUGUGUCACAUCUUAGGUCUGACACCUCAGCCCAAUAAUGGUACCUUGAGCCAUGCCAAGUGCCUGUUAGCAGAUCAGUGGUGCAUAGAUGUCCCUGAAGCCAUUGGCAUAGUUAUUGGUGUCUUUAUGGUGCUAACUACUCUGACGUGCCUGAUAAUCAUCAUGAAAAAUAGAACACCUUCACUGCGUCCGUUCUCACGACUUCAGCUUCAAGAUGAUGACGACGAUCCAUUAAUUGGAUAACUUAUACUGACUUUAGUCUUGAACACUGGGAUGAUCAUUUCAUCUACACUGGAUAACUUCUUAUGAUAGAUGCACUUUAAUAAUGACCCAAAUACUGCAUUAGAACAUUGUCAUUAUGAAAUAAAGAUGUUAAAUAGAACAUGCUCUCCCAAUAUUAAAAAGCUAAACCUUAAGUUAAUAAAGUGGCAAAAUUACGAUUUCUGAAUAUUAGUAAAUGCUGCUGAUUGUCCACAAGUAACUUUAUGUAUAUACAAAAAUUCUGAAAAUUAAAAGUCAACACAAGUACACCUUAUGUUAAAGAUUAUUGUUUCUUUGCAAGGAGACACAGGAAAUAGCUGGCCCAAGGGUGAUCUAUCUAAAGUAGGCUACUAGAAGCAAAAUUGCAUAGCUCUUAGAAGUGGCAUAAUUGAUUUCUGCAGUCUCCAACUAUAGUUUAAAUCACCUUAUUGGAAAAUGUUAUGAAUGUGGAGGAAUUGUAACCUCUAACAGUACUAAGAGCUUUCCCUUAAAGCUGUAUAAUUAAUGAGCUGCUAUCUGUGUGCUUUCUUCCAUAAUUCCUAGCUUCAAGACAACUUAAAUGUUUCUUACUCAUUGUAGUUUCUUUAAGAGAUCUGUCCGUCCUGCAGAAGGAUGCAGUGUUUAAUGAAUGUGCUUGUUAAAACGUGUAGAGUAGAAUGGGAAUCACACAGUUUUCCAGAUGUUGGACUAUAAAGUCCAACAUAGGCAGCAGUGAGAAAUGUUGGAAGCUGCAGUUUAACAAUAUGGAGAAAAUCAUGAUUCACAGCAAUGAUGCAUUUUAAUACUGGUACCCCAUAGUCCUGUAAACAUCCUUGGAUUAGGUUCGAUGUUGCAUAUGUUUCAGUAAGUACAUAUUGUGAGGGCAUUUAAAUGUUACUCCUGCUUUAUUGGUAAUAAGCACAGGCAACUUUUUUCAGUAGCGGUUGUACUGAAGAGACAUUUAAAUCAACUGAUAUUUCUGUGUUUUUGUUAAAGAUUGUAUGAUAUGUCCAUACACUAGCUUUUUGUGACAUUUCAGAACUGUGUGAGAAGAAAACCUGUAAUGUAUACUAAGUUCUUUCUGCCAUGUCUAUUAAUUAGAUUUCCUUUACACAAGGCCAUGCAUUACUCAUAAAACAAGGCAUAUUUUUAAAGCAGUGUCUAGUCAAGUUUUUAUACUUGGCCAUGCUCUGUGGACUUUAAAAAAACUGCUGUAAAAAUGACAGUAGUGGUAAAUAGAUUUUGGCAAGAUCCAAAAUGGAGCAGGUAAAGGUUGUCUGCUUAGAUUUAGGGCUGCUAGUUAGGCGCAGACUGCCCAAAGUAAUGCUUCCCAAGAAAAAAGUGGCACAAGGAAGUGUCUGCCCCUUACAUCUGUGUAGUCAGAAACAUUGUCCAUUUGUGCAUAUGGCACAGGUUCCUUCCAGAUAGAUUAAAGCAGCAUAUCUUAAUGUGAUGGUAUGGCACAGCGGAAGCUUUGACUUUCAACUCUGUAUAUUCUAUUUACAAACCAAAGUAGAAGCGCUUACAUUUUGGAGAAUCAAGAAAAAUGGUUUAAUUUCUUGUACAUACAUGAAAGCCUUAAAACUGCUUUCAGAACUGGCAGAUGACUCUAUUUUAGUAGAUUAGACAAUAAGCAUGAACUUGACUGUCAUUAUAAACUUCUAAAUUCUGUUUCAUUUUUUAUUUUUGUUAUGUGAAUAGAUGAUACAGAUAUCUGUUCUACAAAGGUUGGUAAUACUUCAGUAGUUUAAGAUUUUCACUCCUGUAAUAAAUUUAUUGAUAUAGCAGGGUCCACUAAACAAAAUUCAAAUGUGCAUAACCUUUUACAUUAAUAGUUGCACUCAUUACUGGGUUUUAGGUAGCAAACAAUUUUCAGAAUAAAAUAACUUGAGAUAAUAUCAGUUACACUCCUUAUGCUAUUCUUCAUUGUUGUGCACAGCGAAAGGACCCUGGCUAUUCAUUGAGGGCUACCUGGAUUGUACAUCUAACCCAUAAGGAAAGAUUAGAAAUAAUGAUAGGUUAGAAACUCAGGGAAAAGAGAUCCCAAUGAUAAGUUGUGUGUGGAAUUAUUUAUUCAAAGGAGCAGUGCCUUUUACAGGAUAUUUAUAUUUGUAUGAGUUGGGUUUUUAUGGAAAUGGUUUUCUCGAUUUUCAACUUUAUGAAAUAAAAGACGCAAUUUGUA